AUGACAAGGGAUUUUGUUUGUGAAAAGGCUAAAAUCGAAGGGCGGCAGCGAGGUCAAUCAAUUAUUGAGAUUGAUAAGAUUGAAAGUCCAAAAAUGUAUGGAAUUUCGACUUGGGAGAGGUCAGGCUAUACAAAUUAUACAAUGGGAUUAAGAAGUGAUCACUGUUCUUUGGUAACAGAAACACACACUAUCACUGGAACAUGCCCCAACGGUAGACAUAUCGGUAUUCGCGCGUCCCCAAACAUCAAACAAAAAAACACCGAAAGACCCUUUGAAACCACGUUACAAAAAAGAUAUUGA